AUGGCUGCUGACGUGAGUUAUCCCAACGUGAACGGCCAUGGUAAGGUACUAUUACCAAUGCUGACAGUCAGUCUCAUAGGACCUCUGGCCGACAACAUCAAAUCCGAGGCGACCCGCACCAGUCAAGAGCUGCGCGAGCUGCGCAACGCAGCAGUGACUCCCUCCACCACCGCCGCGACCGGCCAGCCCCUAACAUAUAUUCCAUACCAGUGGGAACAACCCCGAGCCACCGCCGUCUCCUUCAUCAGCGUUGUAGCUUUCAUCUUUGCCGCCCGAUACCUUCCGCUCCUCCGAUGGUUCUUCAAAUUUAUCUAUGUGGUUCUGGGCUUCACCGCUCUCGCCGAGCUGGGUGGUCAACUCGCCCUGAAGCAGAGCGUCGUCGCAUCUUUCCGCCCUCGCAAAUACUACACCGUUCCCAAGGAGACGGUCGAAGCCGUGUUGGAGGAUCUUGAGCAGCUCGUCGAUUUCGUCCUGAUCGAGUUCCAGCGCGUUCUGUUCGCCGAGAACCUUGUUCACACCAUUGCUGCUUUCCUCGCCGCUUUCUCCGCCUACUGGUUGAUCAAGUUCCUUCCCUUCUGGGGUCUCUCCCUCAUCACCGUCACCAUUGCUUACUUGGGUCCUUUGGUCUACAUCAACAACCGCGAGGUCAUCGAUGCCCAGAUCGAGCACCUCCAGGAGAUGGUCAACAGCCAGGCCCACCAGCUGAAGGACAUCGCCGAGGAGCGCACCGCUCACGCGACAGGCAUCGUCAAGCAGUACGUCGAGGACUACAGCGCCAAGGCCCAGGGAUUCGUGCACCGCCGCUCUGCUUCGCGCUCCGUGACCCCCGAGGUGGCCAAGGUUGCCAGCAGCCCCGUCAUCAAGAAGGAACCCGAGGCCGAGCCCGAGAUCAAGAUCCCCGACUUCCCUGAAGCCCCGAAGGCUGAGCCCGUGGCCCCCGCCGCUCCCGUCGCGCCCUUGGUGGAGUCAAUUGAGCAGCCUGCCGUUGAGGCUGAGGAGAAGGAGCCUCUUCUGGCUUAG